UGCAACGCGUCUAUCUAUAACCGCCGUGAUGAGCGCUUAAGAAGAGCGCGAGGCGAAUGAAAGAGAAAAAACGAACAGAAUACCAAAUAAACUCUCAUUUUUUGUUUCUGUAUGUGUGAGAUACUGUAUUAUCCGACAGAGAAUCCAGCUGAACAGCGCUGUGUUUAGUGUCUCAUAUUGAGAGAAAUGGAGAGUUAUGAGCAGUUCUGCAGCAGGACACUGAACACGCUGCUGCCGCCUGACUGCAGUACCGCGCCUGAGCGGCAGAGGGCGCUGUCCGACAUACACUUCCACGGCAGGAGACUGCUGGAGCCUGUGUUGAGUGAAGAGCUGCGUGUUCAGAUGGCUGACGACAGACAGACGGCCGUGGAGAGAGACAGGAAGAGACAGACGGACGCUCUUCUGCAGCGAGUGCAGCACGUUCUCAACAACAUCCAUCUGAAAAAGACGCAGAACGAGUCAUACAGCAUCAUCUCAUCUCAUGAGUCCAAAACCAGCCCGAUCCGCUCCAUCAGACCGUUCACGGCCCCGGCUCAGAACCGGAACCUCAGUCCCAGCAGCUCUCUGAAGAGAGAGACCCUUCGACUGCUGAACCAGCGCAUGGAGAAGCUGCUGUCUGACGAGUCCAGUGACGGUUCUGACCCAGAGUCCCCUGACUCCACCCUGUCCGGUCUCUCUCUCAGUCUGACGGGUUCUUACGCUCAGUUACCCGGUCCUCAGCCCAGCCGCAGCCCUCUCACACACCGAGCACAGAGACCGCGACCGCACGCCACCGGAAACAUCCUCAUUUCUCAUCCCGUCAGUGAGUCUGAGCUCAGCACGAACGGAUCUGAAUAUCUGUCCGGAAGCGGUCAUAACGAACAACGUCCAAUAGCGCGAUCGGUUUUCACAGCAUCUUCUCCUGCCCCCUCUGGUGCAGAAUGGAACUGCAGCUGUUCAGAGUUCAGUGACAGACAGCUGUCAAUCAUUACCUCCACACCCAGCAGCCAGAAGGAAACGACCAGGUUGGACUCAACACAAGAUGUGAGCCCUGAGAACACCAGACCGGCCCGUCGUUCACCUCCGGCGCCCCUCAACCGGUCCUAUGAUGUGGAAAGCCCCUCGCCAUCUCUGAACAGACCGCAUGUGUCGUCCGCUCCCUCACCGGGCUCCGUCAGGCCGAUCCGACACUCACAGCAGCAGGAUGAGACAGGAGUGGAGCAGCAGAUUCAAUCUUUAGACACGAUGCGUGAGCGUUUAGAGAGAGAACACGCUCAUCAGAUCUCUGAUCUCCUCGCAGCGCAGGAGAGACAAACACAGCUGAUGUUGGAGUGUGUGCAGCAGCUCCAGAGGAAGCUGAACGAACAGAGCAGGAAGAGCAUGAUGUCAUCAACGCCUGAGCUCAGCCGGAAGACGAGACACACUUCACACACACAGGACGUGUGUGUGGAGCAGAUGAAGCCUGUCUGUCGUCUCACUGCCGCGGCUCGAGGUUUUCUUACACGCAGACUCUUACAGACGGACAAAAUCACACACCUGCGCAAAACCGUACAGGACUCCAGAGCGUUCAUCCGCUCGUUCCAGACGGAUUCCCAGCAGAAGAGAGCCUCCGUCUCCCAUCAGGAUCUGACACUACAGCAGCGAGUUACAGCGCAGCUGCGGGCAGCGCUGCAUGACGUCCAUCAGAUCUUCUUUGUGUGGCCUUUGAGAGACAGACUGCGUCUUCUUCAGCAGGACAGAGAGAUACGCAGAGAGAGGACACUCAGAGAGAUGGAGAAAGACAGUCCUGGAAACACACGGACUCUGUCCUCGGCCACUCAGAAGACGCUGGACAGGAAGGCUCAGAGGCACGCAAAAACAAUGAAUGUGACUCCCAAGAGCUCAGCGUCGAGGAUCCUGCGGCCUCGUCUCAGUCAGAACACAGUCUGUUCCUCUCAGAGUGCGGUGAAGAAGAGAGACGGGUGUUUGGGAGUGAGACCGCGCUCGCUUCAGAGGAAGUGUCUGUCUCUGGGAUAAACACACACUCGUACGGAUGAAUACAGCGGUGAAACACGUUCACACAUCACUGUAAUCGCUCACUUCACACUGAUGAACAGUUUCAGUAGUUCACUAUGCUUUAAAAUUAUAAGAAUGAAAAAAAUAUAUAAUAAACUUUUUUGAUAUGAAGCGUUACUGAUUACA